GGAAACCCUUGUCUCGUGAGGUAAAAUCGAAUCGAAGUCAUCGUUAUACAUAGUUAUUCCUCAUGCUGUGCAACAUUAUAUCGGUUACGGUUUGAUCACCUUUAAAUUGAGUGAUCCUAUCGCUAUCAUUCCCAGCAUCAGUUACACAACUCGAACUCGGUUGAACAUGGACAGUGGGAUGUUUGAGUAGAAGUAUGUGCGAUUUCAUCUGUCUGAAUCUAAAAGGGAUCUGUCGUCUGUCAUUUACCAUGUGGCUCCCGUAUCAUCUCUCGCUUCCGUAUCAUCUCACCUCACGCCUCCCCUAGGAAGACUAUACACAUCAUAUCCCGCCUCCCUGCACAUGGCCAUCAUUGUCGUAUUCUAUCUUUUUAUCAGGGACGCACCGCCCGGCUUCUUUUGCUGGAUACUCUUGACCCAUUGAUUGAUAUGUCAAUAAUCAUCAACCUACAUCAUCAGCAUGUUAUUCGAAUGCAUAGUAACUAUAAUCGACGAUCUUUCGUGUCUCGUCCAAUGAAUCAUAUCACUUGAAUAUCGUUAUACCAUAGAAAUAGAAGCAAGAGAAGAUAGAGUGGGAGGAUCUACAAGACACUUCUUAGAAGAGGAGCAAGCUGCAGUCAAAAAUAUUUCUAAAGAGCAAGCAGUGGUAGGAUGGUUCGUCCUCAGCGCAUCUUACAGCAGGCGUCGGCCGUCGCUGUCGCAGUGAGUGUGAAUGCCGAGUCUUUCCUAAAUUAAGGCGGCUUGUUAAUAAAUAGUUCUUUACUUAGUAACGAAAUCCCGGCUGGUCGCCGCCGAAAUCCUCGGCCGGGAGCUCCGGGCGAGCUAAACACCGCGCGAAACAUCCAAAAGUGACCAGCGUAACCCCCUCGCCGAGUGCGGAGGAGUAACAGGAAAGCAAAACGCAACGCGCAUACCCAUCGAGAGAUGGCCGGCGCAAUUGCUCUGAUGAAUGCGCGCGCCUGGCUUGCUAUGCAGGCUCUUCCCGCUGGUUGCCGUGCGUGUCUGGCGUGUGUCCCUGCUUUUUCGCUUCCGCCUGCUCACUGAUUGGGUGUGCUUAGGAUAGUCCGCGCCCCUGCGGGGUGUCGAGAUGUGCCACCGCCCUGGUCGGUGGCGGGUGCUUCUAGGUGCGCGCGCGGUUUGGCUAAACUGAAUUGCAUUAGCGCGCGUAGCUAAGGUUUUCGGCAGUGGUUCUGGGCGUUUUGCUCGACGUCGACGCCGUUCCUUCCAUCUUGGUUGGCUGCAGAAUGCGCGCGGGCAUAGCUCGCGCAACCUGUUAACGAGGAGAAUCCGGAAAGGAUAGGCGUCGCAGGUCCUCACUGGGAGCUAAUAAAUUCGUAGAAAUAGAACACUGAUGCCGCCGCAGCUUCCUUCGCUUGUUCUUAGAGGUACCCACCGCACUGCCUGACCUUCGCCCGCCGGGUUUCCCCGCCGCAAACGACGACGAGCGCAGGCGGUGCCUCGUUUCCCUUUCGUUCUUGGGUUCUUUCGCGCUCGGUCGCGUGUGCUGGUGCUGGUGGUCGGUGCUGGCUUCACCACAGACACCAGCGAGGCCACUUCCUUGGCUUGUCGAUGCUGCUCCGCGUGGGUGGGUGGCUGGUGAACAUCACUGUGCCACAGGCGUGGCGCGCGUGGGCGUGUGCGCAUCCAUGCGAUGGCCUGUUCUUCAACGGGAUCGGGGUUGGGCGUAUAGCCAUAGUCUUCGCCCGCUCCUGAUUGUCGCACGCAGGUCGGUGUGCCCACAGAGUGGGAGUAGCCGCAUCUGCGUCGCUGCUUUCGUUUUUUGGAAUUUUAGUAGGCACUUCUGAAGGCCUCUCGGCAGAAAGGCUGUUCAGAUUACCACGCCGCAAACAACCCAGACUUGUGAACUUACUGUGACUGUGCACCAGGACAGUCACAGGGCGCGAGAGAGCUGCGGUUAGCGUGGCUGCCCUCUCUCUAAACUGCUGAGCUUUGGCUCUAGCGUGCCUUGGAGGCGCUCCAGACCUUGAGCUUGGCCCUCUCAUUGUCUCUCUUGCGCUAGAAUCGCGCGUGGAGUACUGUACUGCACAGCACGCCUCACCCCGGGCCCGCCUCGCCCCCGUUAUUAGUACUUCGCAACGAAAUACCAUUAAUUGUAAAAGUGAAAACCGAGGCACAGCCUCAGCCAGUAAUGUACGAAACAAAAAGGGGCUAAUGUGCACUGUGCACAUUAUGGCUAAGGAAACCUCCUUAAUUUCAUAAUGAUGAAAGUAAGGAUUCAAUUAUCAAGUCAGUAAGGAUUCAAUUCUCUAACUAGAAUCGCGUCGAACAAAAGAACCAGUACCAGAGCCAGAUAGUCUCUCUGCAGUUGCGGCCCAAAUACAGUCCGACGAAAAAGUGGAAGUGACGGUUGGCCCUAACCGGAUGGCCGCUAAUGACGUGAACGUGCAUAAUGAUGGUACGGUGACCGGUGUAGAUAACCAAUUGGAGGUCACGCACCAGGGGCAAAAAGGUGAACCUUCUGUGCAGAUGACGGGUGGUAGUGAUAUUAAUCCUGCGACGGCACAUAUUAGCCCUGAGGCUGUGCAUAUGUCGAGCGGUGGAAAGGAUCAGGCGAAAGUGGAUCUUCUUCAUACGAGCGAGUCGCACGCAGUUGUUAUGCAUGGGAUGUUUUUUACUGUGUUGCAAAUAGUUGUGCGUAUCGUGAAUGCUGCAGAACGGAUGCCAGAUAUUUGUCUUUUCAUCAUCUACACAGUUUCGGAUUGCGAUUAUUUACAUAGUACAUCUACAUACUCAUACGACCUGGAAUUCCUUUGUUUACUCCUUCUGUUACUUUGAUUAUGUUUUGAAUAAAUUGGAUGAUGACAGACGCCUUCUGUCUCGGCGGAGAGUUCGUGGCAGGGAGCUAAAUUUACAGUCAGAUAUUUAUUCAUCGACAUAAGUAAUAGAGUUCUCCUCGACUUUAAUUGAAAGGUUGUCUGAUAACGAGACUCCUUAUAAAAUAUGCAAUAGACUGUGAUUGUCCCCUAUCCCCAAUAGAAUCCGAAAUAUGUUGGUGUUGAGUCUUUUCUUUAAGAAAUCCCUUCUCCUUCACCGUCGUCUUCUAAUUUUUGCGAGCCGCAGCCUAAGGCAAACCCAAGCGUCGGAGAGUCGUCCUAGGCCACCAAUCCUCAACUCAGGAGAAAACUGCGAACGAGGAGAGGCGAAGAGACGGUCAGAAGAGAUCGAGGUGGGCUCUUGCACAAUGCGAAUGGGUAUGAGGUGGAGCUAUUCUGGUAGUUGUACAGCAUAAGUGAGGAGCAAUACCACAAUGACAAUCAAUGAAGAGUCAGUGACUGUGACAGAGCUGUGCCUGUGGAGACACUAACAGUACGAAACUGUACCCCAAUGCUAAGAAGACCAAUAUAUUAGUGAUUCUGCAAUAACCAUGUAGACUGUUGUUGACUGCACUCUUCUUCAACGAUUUCGACUGAAAGUAUAUCUGAAGAAGGAGUGAAAGAUUAUUUAGCCCAACUCGAAAAGAAAAAAUUUCGAACAAUCACAACGACAACACGAUAGACGCAAAAUGAAUGAUAGACAGCACGAUAAGUAAGUAGAAAGAGAAACAUCUUCAACUUUCACGACAUCUCCAUGACAAGAAUUUCAAAAAAGACAUGUUGUUCGUAUUCGUUACAUCACAAAUCGUUACAUUCUCGUAUAAAUCAACACAUACAUGUUACCACGUACAAGUAGUUUUCGAAUCAUCUAGUACUUGUCAGGAAUUACUAAAAAGAUAUAAGCAACAUCACAAAAUAUCAUCCUCAUUUGCGAAGCACAAACCAACAAGAAUUGGAUAAAUCCAUGGGAAUAAUUCGUACAGCAUAUCAUGCAUUUACAGAUAAAAAAGAAAAACAUAAAAGAAGAAAGGUACAGGUAGGAUAAUAUUGUUCGUGGUAGCUUCAAAUGGUGUUGUUCAGCUGUAGGCUGAUCAUCACCAUGAAAUGUUGAGAGGACUAAUUCCGGAUCCGGCAGUAACUAUUCAACACUGAGCUUAUCGUUAUCCUUCUUGCUACUACAGGAACAAACUACAAAUUACAACACGCUAGUGCUAGAGGUUGCAUGACCGGGAGAAAGUCAGCAGCUGCACGCUGUCUUUGUCUCGUGUUCUUCCAAGUCUUCUUCAACGAAAACAGGUGGUAAGGCAAGCCGAGGAACUCGAGAGCAUGGAGUAGAAAGUAACUUCUUCGGAUCGCUGUGACGAAAUUGGUAGUGAAUCUUGUUGAUGCUGCGAUGAUCCUGG